UGUCUAGAUUUCCUGGGUCACCUGAGGGGUUUGGGAGAUCCCUUUGAGGGAGCGGCUAUGAAAUUGGGGUGUUUUUGCAUUCAAGUGAUAUUUUGGGUUGUGGGAACGUUGAGGUUCCCUUGAGCUUAAAGGGCGCCUUGGGGUUUGGCUGUGUCUUGGGAGUCUCCUUUGUGGUUUCCGGGUUUGGUAGGUAUAGGAUUUGGGAAGUUCCUGGGCAGACUUUGAAGCAAGGAGCUGAGUGGUGACGCAGGCGUGUAAUCCCAGCACUCUGGGAGGCUGAGGCAGGAGGGUGGAAAGUUCGAGCUCACGCUGGGCAGCCUGGUGAUUUAGGGUGGUCCUGUCUCAACAACAGUAAAUUUAAGUUUUAAAAAGGACUGGGGAAGUAGCUCAGAGCGAAGGCCCCCAGUUGUGGGGGGCUGCAGGCCUCCAGGGAACAUAAGAGUACCAGUUCUGGAGCCAGAAUGUGCGCAUCUGACUUGACUUUCCUACGUGUCUGACCCUGGGAGAGAUUUACCUUUCGGUGCCUCAUCUGGAAGCAGAAACUUCUUUAACGCUCCCUGCUUCCUAGGGAGAGCAGUUGUUCGGAGAGCCCAGAACACUCGUGCAAUAAGCACGUGUUUGCUGUUGUAACAUUUGUGAGGUUUCUUUGGGGUCUCUUUUGGCUUUGAGAAGUAUUUCUUUGGUUUUGGAAUUCACUUUAAAUGUUAGGGAGCUUUUGUGUAUUAUUUUGGGGUUGGGAGGCUUUCUGUGGCGAUAAGGGCUCUGUAGGGAUGUUGGGAUGAGUGCAAGAGUUAGGAGACUAAUGUUUGUGAGCUUGGGAGAUUGCUGUGUGGGCAUCUGUGAGAGGCUCUCUGAAAUUGGGUCCUUUCAUGCCGGGGGUAUUUUUAGUUUUGGGUGUUUAAAGGAGGAUUUGAAAUGAUCUCGAUGUUAGGGGAAAGCUUAAGAUUCUGGAGAUGGAGCAUUUUGGGGGAGGAAAGGAGUCAGGAUUGGGGCUCUCUUUAAAGAUACUGAUGUCUGUAUUUAGAGGCUGUGUCAACUGUGAAUGGUGUCAGAUUAUCUAGAACUGCUCACAUUUUUUUUUGGUACUGGGGAUCGAACGUGGGUCCUUGCUCUUGAGAGGCAGGCGGCGGAACCACUGAGCUAAAUCCCCGGCCCAAGAACUGCCCACAUUUAGAGGACAGACAGUCUAUAUAUACUGCAAGAGUUGGCAAACUUUUUCCAUAAAGGGCCAGAUAAUGACUAUUUCAGGCUUUUCAGGCCAUGUACAGUCUGGUACAGCUCUGCUGUCUUAGCAUGAAAGCAGCCAUAAACAUGUGUUUCAUAAAACUUUCAUGUGGCCAGUGAGUUGGGUUUGGCCCUUGAUCCAUUGUUUGCUGACUGGUCUAGUCUAUAGGCUUGUGGAAGGCUUGGGGUUUGCAAGGUUUCCUUUUUGAGCUCUGGAAGGAGAUGGCUGAGGGAAAGAUUGAGACUGAGGCCUCUGGUACUUACCGGUGACAUGCGGAGCCCCCCCCCAUCCUGGUCCUGAGAUCCGGUGACUCCUUGCCUGUUUGCCAUCACACCCAGAAUGGACCGUGGCAGUCUCUUGCCCUUUCAGCUUUGGUGCCCCCGGCCCUUCGGCACCUACUCCCAGAACCAGACGCGCCCGCCUUCCGCUGUGCUCAAGCCGUCGGCCUGCCCUGAGCCUGGCAGCGGGGCGGAGCCAGACCAUGGGCCCUCCCACUCGGAGAACACCCCACCCGCCGCCGAUGCCCCCAGCUCCCAGCCCGCUCCGCUCCUCUCGGCCUCUGCUGCGGGUGACGAGGGCCGAGUCCUGCUAGACACCUGGUAUGUUAUCAAGCCAGGGAAUACAAAGGAGAAGGUGGCCUUUUUCGUGGCGCACCAGUGCAGCGGAGGUAGCCGGGCCAGCUCCAUGAAGGUCAAGGGUCACUGGGGCAGUGACAGCUCCAAGGCUAAGCGGAGGAGGCGCUGUCUUGAGCCCAGCCGGGCUCCUCCAGACCCGGGGGGCCGGGAGGGUCCCCCUGCUGCUGAGGGGGGCCCUGCCUCAGCCGGGGAGGACGUAGACCUCCUCUCUGUGGCCGAGAUGGUGGCCCUGGUGGAGCAGAGGGCCGCCCUGGCCCUGCAGAGCUAUCCACGCCCCACCACCCCGGCACCUGUGGUCUUUGUGUCAGCUGAGCAGGGUGGACCUGCCAAGGGGCUGGGGUCUGAGCGGCGUUCCGGUGGUGGUGGUGGUGGUGGUGGUGGUGGUGGUGGUGGUGGUGACUGCAGCCGUGUGGCCGAGGCCGUGGCCCACUUCGAGGCCCAGCGGGACAACCCUCCAACCAAGGGCCUUCGCAAGGAGGAGCGGCCUGGGCCAGGCCCUGGGGAGGUGCGCAUUGCCUUCCGCAUCUCCAAUGGCCGGGAGCCCCGGGCACCAGAUGGCAGCUUACCCAACGGGAACGGGGGCCGGCCCGGCUGUGCCUACCCUGGCAGUCCAGGGCCCAGCGCCCGAGCCAAGGACAAGAUCACCUGUGACCUGUACCAGCUUAUCAGCCCCUCCCGGGAUGCCCUUCCCAGCAACGUAGAGUUCCUGCUGGCCAGGGCAGAUGAAGCCAGCGAGGGUGAGAGCCCCGCCCCUGCCAGGCCUGAGGACACUCCCCCGGCUCCCCCUCCCCCUCCCGCCCGGGACUGCGGAGCCUCAGGCUUCCAUGUGGAUGUGGUGGUGACUGGCGUGGUGGAUGAGUGCGUCUUUUUUGGCAAGGACGGCACCAAGAAUGUGAAGGAGGAGACAGUGUGUCUGACAGUCAGCCCCGAGGAGCCACCUCCACCCGGCCAGCUCUUCUUCCUCCAGUCCCGGGGGCCAGAUGGGCCCCCUGAGCCUCCCCCAGCUGAUGCACCCACUGUGGUGCCAGGCCCGGACGAUGCUGAGGGGACAGCGGACACCUCCCUGUGCCGCCUCUACCGGCAUGUGUCGCACGACUUCUUGGAAAUCCGCUUCAAGAUCCAGCGGCUGCUGGAGCCACGACAGUAUAUGCUGCUGCUGCCCGAGCAUGUGCUGGUCAAGAUCUUCAGCUUUCUGCCCACGAGGGCCCUGGCCGCCCUCAAGUGCACCUGCCACCACUUCAAGGGCAUCAUCGAGGCAUUCGGGGUGCGUGCCACAGACUCGCGCUGGAGCCGAGACCCGCUCUACCGUGAUGACCCUUGCAAGCAGUGCCGAAAGAGAUACGAGAAGGGUGACGUGUCCCUGUGCCGCUGGCACCCCAAGCCCUACCACCAUGACCUGCCUUACGGACGUUCCUACUGGAUGUGCUGCCGCCGAGCCGAUCGGGAGACGCCAGGCUGCCGCCUGGGCCUGCACGAUAACAACUGGGUGCUGCCCUGCAAUGGGCUGGGUGGGGGCAGAGCGGGCCGGGAGGAGGGGAGGUGAAGCCGGGGAGGGGAGGGGAGGGGAAGCCCACUGUGCCCGCCCCUCCCCCUCCCUGGGAGCCAGGGUUGGGACUGGGCCACUGGCCCCCAGCCCCCAGUCCAGGCAGUGCUGAUCCCCCACCAGAACUGAGACCAGCUUCCGGGGGGACCCAAGAGGACACUCUGGUUGACCCCUGUUGGUUUUCUACUUUUUAGACCCAGGGCCAGGGACCCUCAAGUAGGGUGUUUUUUUAUCAGCAUCUCAAUUUCUUCUCCAUUCAGCCCCAGGACCCUCCCUGCCACUCUGUACACCCCAGGGACCCACCAGCAGGGAGCAGACGGCAGCUAAUUUUGGUACCACCUAAUGCUUCCCCCAUGCUGGCUCCUGUUCUUUGCCCCCUCCAGCCCUCCGCCUCUGGAGCCCAUUUCUCUGGAGAGGCUGCAGCACCCCAUGUUGGUACCUCCAAACCUCCUGCCCCAAGGCUCACCUCUUUUGGAAUUAGGGACCGUCAGAUCGCAGAUCCAGUUUGGCACUUUCUCCCGGCAGCCUACCAUUUUUAGAUGUUUUCCCCAUUAGAGAAAUAAAAGUUACUGUUUUCUCUUAGCCACAAGCUACCAGUCUCUCCCCUUCCUCUACAAGGAAGAAAAAAAAACCCCUGGAGUACAGGACACCCCCACCCCGUUAUUUAAGCUUUGCCAAUGCUCCUCCCCCAGUAAAGCUGUGAAGCCCUUUGCCUUGCUCUUGACAGCGUGGAGGGCAGGGACUGUGGGUUUGAAAUUCUAAGUGGUUUUUUCUUCCAUUCUGGGUACUUGUUGAGGCGUUGGGGUCUCUUCACCCCAAACCACAGAUGUCUUUAGAACCUUUUGGUCAAUUGGGACUUGAUUUUCAGGCAAUGUGGUCUGGGGUAUUUUUGUUUGUUCUGUUUGGGGCAUUUGUUUUUGUUUUUCCGUCAUUGUGGUUCUGGAAGAUUCUAGCAUGUGGCGUCUGGCCAAUUUUUGAAUUGGUCCUUUCUAUAAAAUCAAUAUUUAUAAGGUU